CACCUUCCCCUUCAGUUUUCAAACCCAAUACCUACUCUCUCAGAUUCUCUCUAUCUCUGCUUUCUUCUUCUUUGCUUUAGUUUUAUAUCAUGGCCGAGGAGACUCUAAAGCCUGAGGCAGCUGCUGCGCCUGCCGAGGAAGUGGUUGUGGAGAAGGAGAAAGAGGAGGCUGCGCCGCCUCCUGCUGCAACCGAGGCCGUUGUUGAAGAGAAACAAGCCGAGGAGCCUAAGGUUGAAGAAAAGGAAGCCAAGGUCACUCAGUCUGCUUCUUUCAAGGAUGAAACCAAUAUAGUCGGUGAACUCCCUGACGCACAGAAGAAGGCUCUCGAAGAGCUUAAGCAACUUAUUCAAGAAGCUCUUAACAAGAACGAAUUCAGUGCUCCACCUCCACCUCCUCCGGCUAAAGAAAAAGAAUCUAAACCACCGGCCGAGGAAAAGAAAGAGGAAGACCAACCUGCUGCUGUUGAAACUGAAGAAAAAACUGAAGAGAAAGCUCCUGAAAAAGUCGAAGCUGAAGCAUCAGCACCUGUUGAAAUCAAGGAAGAAGAAGAGAAGACUCCGCCGCCAGCCGAGACUGUGGUGCAAACAGAGGUUGUUGAAAAAGCUCCAGUCGUCGAGGACGAUGGUGCCAAGACUGUAGAAGCAAUUGAGGAGUCCGUAGUAGCAGUAGCUCCUCCUCCUCCGGCUGAGAAACCAGAAAAAACUGCCUCUUCUUCGGUGGAACCAGAGGUGGUUCCGAAAGAUGAGCCAAAGGAAGCCGAUGUUCCUCCACCUCCACCGGAAGAGGUAUCCAUAUGGGGAAUCCCACUCCUCGCAGACGAAAGGAGUGACGUGAUCCUAUUGAAAUUCUUGAGGGCAAGGGAUUUCAAAGUGAAGGACGCAUUCACCAUGCUCAAAAACACUGUCAUCUGGCGAAAGGAAUUCGGAGUUGAAGGUUUGCUGGAAGAAGACCUCGGAAAUGAACUGGAGAAAGUGGUUUUCAUGCACGGAUUUGACAAAGAAGGUCACCCUGUAUGUUACAACGCUUACGGAGAAUUCCAAAACAAAGAAUUGUAUCACAACACUUUCGGAGACGAUGAAAAGCGAUCCAAAUUCUUGAGAUGGAGGAUUCAAUUCUUGGAAAAAAGCAUCAGAAAACUUGACUUUAGUCCCACCGGUAUCAAUACAAUAGUUCAGGUUAAUGAUCUCAAGAAUUCUCCUGGACUCACCAAAAGGGAACUCAGACAAGCUACCAACCAUGCCCUUAACUUGCUUCAGGAUAAUUAUCCAGAGUUCGUGGCCAAACAGGUGUUUAUCAAUGUUCCAUGGUGGUACUUGGCAUUCAAUCUGAUGAUUAGCCCUUUCCUUACCCAGAGAACCAAGAGCAAGUUUGUGUUUGCAGGUCCAUCCAAAUCAACCGAUAUCCUUUUCAGAUAUAUUGCCCCUGAACAAGUACCAGUUCAGUAUGGUGGAUUGAGCAGGGAGGGUGAACAAGAAUUUAGCGUUGCUGAUGCUGCAACUGAGGAUACAAUCAAACCAGCAACCAAACACACCGUUGAAUUCCCUAUAACUGAGAAAUCUACUCUGGUCUGGGAGCUACGAGUUGUGGGAUGGGACGUGAAUUAUGGAGCCGAAUUUGUGCCAACAGCUGAAGAUGGAUACACCGUGAUCGUAUCAAAGACGAGAAAAGUAGGUCCGGCCGAUGAAUCCGUGAUCUCCGGCAGCUUCAAAACAGGUGACGCUGGGAAAAUUGUUCUCAACAUCGAUAACCAAACCGCAAAGAAGAAGAACUUCUGUAUAGGUCAAGGCCAAACCGUAUUCUGAUUGAAGCUUCUUCAAUGGCGAAUAUCAUCAAUGCUCAAUGUGUC